UAGAGAGAGAAAGAACAAGCUCUUACAUGGAAGACAUUUUUCUACCACUCCCCCUUUGCAAAAUCUAGCCACACCCACAACCUUCCAUUGCAAAAACAGCAAAGGAGGAGAAGUCUCCCCAUAACCGAGGCCAUAAUUUGUCUGGAGAGACUAUCACAACCAACAUGGCGAGCAGUUUCACUGCUUUAAAGAUAAAAGAGAUCCAUUCUGGGGUCAUUCACAAGGUAGGAGGGAGAGUCAAGACCUGGCACAAGCGUUGGCUUAUACUAAAGUCCGACUAUACUCUACAAUACUUUAAGGACCCCUCUAAAGCACCACUAGGCUCCAUAUCUAUCACUGACCCCUCCUUCAGUAUUGAGAGAGGACAAGACGGGAGUUAUACUGGCUGGCCCAAGACCUGCUCACUGGAGAACACAAUGGUCAUAACAACCAGUGGCAGAGUCUAUUAUAUGUACACUGAUAGCCUGAGCGAGACAGAGGAGUGGAUAAGAGUGAUAGAGGAACAAAGAAAGAGUAUCGAGAAAAGUACUCCCCAGUCCCUCCCUGGUAGGUAUAAUAAAAUGGGUGGCAAAGCCUCUAGCCUCGAGAUGCCCUCAGUGGUAGAACCAACAAACCGAACCCCAAAACAAUACAGAAAGAAAGAUAGGAGGCUUCCAACCAAGCGCUUCAAUUCUGCGAUGGUAACCGACAGCGAUGAAGGAAGUGCUGUAGAUUCUGACACCGGAGCUGAUGGACAGUUGGACCCAAACGAGUUUAGCAAUUCUUGUGUUGAUACUAGCAUAACAUCACCAACUAGUCCUCCGCCUUCGGCUGAGCCACUCUAUGAUCUUGUAACUCAAGCAAACAUUCAAGAAGAUAGUGGCAAAGCAAAUACUACUUCCACUAGCUCUCUCCUUCCUCCUCGUAAUAUUGGUAACCGAACCAUCUCUCUUAAUUCCGUCGGUGAGAAUCGAAACCUGAAAGAUAGCGUGUGCCUCAACGAGUCUCUCUACGAUUUGGUUGGUCGCAUUAAUGCUGGGGAAGAUGAGGGCGGGGCUCCAGAAUCAACCAAGAAAGAAGAAGUGACAGAAACGCAAGAAUUAUAUGAACCGGUAGCUGACGUACCUCUGGAUAAAGGUCCCCCCACUCCGUCAAAAGCAAAAAUUAGCAUCCCCCCGGCCACUUCCCAGCAGUGCAAUGAGCAGCUGUAUGAUUCUGUGGAUGAGAUGAACAUUGGGAACAAGGACACUGGAGUCAUGUAUGAGGAUGUGGAUAGAGAGACUGGUCUAAAGGAGGCAGAGUCAAGCGAUGAUGAUGAUGAUGAGCGGGUCCCACUUCCUCCCAGUAACAUAGCACAGUCAGCCUCUCCUCCUCCUCCUCUUCCUCCCAGAGCUGGUGAAGAAAUGUAUGACAAUGCUCCAAGCCUGCCUCCUAAACAAACUGACACUAGCAAUAAAAAUACUGAUGAUGAGCUUCCCGAUAGUGAAGACUACUAUGGCAAUAGUAGUAUUAGUAAUGCAGCUCCUCUUAGAAUAUCAGUCCCUUCUCCAUUGCCCUCACCUUCCAGACCCCCUAAGCCUCUACCACGUACUACGAUUGAUCCUAAUACUCACCACUCGGCCAGUGCUACUAAUGGUGUUACUGCUACUAAUGGUGUUACUGCUACUGGUGAUAUUGAAGCUGAGGAAUAUGGCGAGGAACUGUAUGAUGAUAUUGAAGGAGUCCUUCACUCAUCAUCAGGGAGUGAUGUACUGAGAGAAGGAGAGAAAGGGAAAAGAGAAGAAGAGGAGGGAGGGACUCAGAGAGAAGAGAUUCAGAGAGAGGUGGAGGUAGAGAUCAAAAGAGAAGAUAAGGAGGAAGGCAGACAGAAAGAGGAGGAAGAGGCAGAAAAAGAAAUAGUAGAAGUAAAAGGACCAGAAAAUAACAAGGAAAAGGAAAAUGGAAUGAAUAACGAUACAGAUUCUGAGCCUGCCAAUCCUACAGUACAAGUUAGUAGUAUAUCUAACACUCCUCCAAGUGCUAGUAAAGGGAAGAGAGUCCAUGCAGCCACUGUCGGUUCAACUGAUACUGGGAUAGAAAUGUUUUAUCGGAGAGCGCAGGAGCUAAGCACCUUAGGAGAAGAAGAAGAAGCAACUAAAGCAACUAGACAAGCUAAGGACCUCUUUCAAACAAAGAAGGAAGCCAUUUUGAGUUCAGAGGAUAAAGUGGUAUUAGCUGAAACACUGAGAGAAGUGGAAGCGGAGAAGCAAUUAGCCUCCGAAGAAAAAUUCAAGUGGGAAAGGGAAAGAUUGAAAUUCGAGGAAGAACGCAAGAAAUUCGAAAGAGAGAAGCAAGAGCUCCUUGAAGAAUUAGCAAAAGCUAAAGGAGGAACUCAAUGAAACACUCAACCAGUGGACAUAUUCAUGCACGCCAUCUUUCCCUAUCAAUUAUUAUCAAUAUUAGCAUUAUAAUUAUUAUUAUAAUUAUUAUUGUUAUUGUUCUUUUUAAUUUCUCAUUUGACGUGUGUUUGUGCAUUAUGUAAAACUUAUUGAUUGAUUGUGAUAUAAUAGAGCAAUGCA